AUGGCUAAUGAGAUAAAAUCGUUCGGAAUUUUCCCAGCUCUCAAUGUCGCACGUCUUGGUAAUGCCGAAGAAUAUUAUAUAGGGUCUGAAAUUCCCGGCGUUUAUGUUGGAGAAGGUGACCCUGAAUUCAAAUUCAAGGAUAAGAACGGUCGUGUGAAACCACAGGCCGCAAGGUUCAGAAUCUAUGGUUACAACGAGGAAAAAAAGAUCAUACGAGAGAUCAAGCUUACUGAUGCUGAGAUGAAGGUGGAAAUCCAAUGGACCGUUGUACUUGCUAAUAAGAAAGCAGCACAUCAACAAUUCUUAGGUAUUAAGAAUCGUGAUCCGAAUGGUCCUAUGCGAAAUGCGAAUUGGCCUUAUGAUAGGUCUACAUUGGAGGCCAUUUGUAUGAAAUCUUUAUCAGCAUCAUCCGACAACAAUUUUGAGGAGAAAUGUGCGGAAUUCAAAGCACGCGUUUAUCGCCAUUCUAACAACAACGACGAUUCUAGCAACGGACAUGAGUUAUACUUGGGCAAGAUGAUACUCGAGAAAGAAGGAAGUUUGUUAAUUAUUGGUGGAAAAGGAGAGUCUGGGUGUGUAAAAAAGGGUGCCUUGAUUACCCAGUAUGCGAAUAAUGAUUAUUGGUACGAUGACACUUCUGAUGGCUCCAUAGAUGCCAUUGUCAAAAUAAACGGAAAACCACUCGAGCAUAUAGAGGGAAAGGGAAAGGGAAAGUCGUGGGUUCUUGUGUCACCUCCAAAAUUUGCACCAGGCAUUUCCAACCUUGUGUCAUUAUAUCAAACUAUCUGGGAAACACAGCAUCCGGAUUAUCCAUUUAAGCAUAGAAAAGUAGAAUAUUACCGUGACAUUUACCCGAUCUUUGAAGCCAUCUAUAAACACUCUUGGGUCAAUAAGAUGGCUUUCAUAGGUCACGGUGUAGACAAACCAGGCCAUUUUUUAAAACCAGAGUUAGAAGAUCUUUUGAAAUAUAAUGAUGAGAAAGACCCAAUAAAAUACCAGAAAGCAAAAGAUUUAAGGACAAACAUCUUGUCUCGUAUCCGAAUACCUCCUGAAAUCGCAUCUACAUUUGAAUAUGAUGGUCAAGCUUAUCCUUAUUUUAUGCCGCCUUUAUCUGGAAAUGCUGGAGAUGCUACGCCCACUAAUCCAGAUACGUAUUUGACUGUUACACGCGGUCAAUAUAUUCUUUUACAAAAGUGGGCCGAAGGGGAUUUUGAAGUUGAUGACGAACCACCCAAAUAUUCCUACGUGUUUAAAAACGAUGCAGGUCCAAUUGAUGGAUUUAUUAAUGUAACAAACGAUGACCGGUACCCAAAGUAUAAAAAGGAUGCAGAUCCUAGAGAGUACAGCUUUGAGGAAAUUGUUACUGAUCUUUCUGAACAGGUCAAAUAUCUCAACAAGGCUGCACUUGAAUGGUGUGUUGGAGGUCCAUUCUUUCCUGGAAUUGAAAUGACAUAUGUUGCCUAUAACAAGGAUACAUUUGAUGAGAAAUAUGAAUUUAGAAUUAAUUCCAAUACUUCUCCCGGAGAUAUUAAUGCAUAUUUGGCUUUACCUUGGCAAGCUGAUUUUAAUGAGUGUAAUACACACUGGUGGCCAGCCCAAAGACCCGAUAUUGUGAUUCCUGAAAUAGGACCACUUUUCACGAAAAAAGCUGUAAGAGAUAUGGAAAUCCCAGAAAAAGAUCCGAAAAUUUCGUUAGAUGACUUUGCGGAAUGGACUCGUGGAUUCAGAACAAAUGAACCAGUUCGAGGUUUACCCAAAUGGGGCGAUUUAGAUAUGAUAAGGGCAUGGGAUAGGUUAGGAUUUGUUGUCGAGAAGCAAGUGGGGAACUUGAAAGCAUUCGUUGAAGUCCAACGCGGCAAUAUUUACAAAUUGAAUGAUCUUAAACCAGGUGACAAAACUCUAGAUAGCCUUUAUGAACUCCUUAAAAUUGCAUUACAGAUUGAAUUCUCAACUAUCCCACCAUAUCUCUACUCCAUGUAUUCGAUAAAACCAGGAACGAGCAUUAGUGACGAAGUGAGAAAUCAUAUUCGUAAUGUUGUUGCAGAGGAAAUGUUGCAUUUGUCACUUGUAGCGAAUCUUAUUGUCGCUAUUGGACGUCAGCCUAUAUUUUAUUCUCCUGAAGUGAUUCCUUUUUAUCCUAACCCUUUUCCUCACUUUCAGCAAGGUGAAAUUAUUCUUCACUUGUCAAAAGCAGACAAAAGCGCGCUAGAAACGUUUGUAAAGAUUGAAGCACCUGAAAAAAGACCGUUAACUCAAGAAACAAAACUUACGGACGAAAUCAAUAUAAUUAGCGUAGGAGAUCUUUAUAUGAAAAUCGAGAGUUUGUUUAUAGAACUCGACAAAGAAAUAAAUUAUAAUACACAUUUUCAGCUUUGUCCUGGCAUGGGUUACGCUCCAACCGCACAUACACCAGAAGAAGGAUUGAUUGUUGUUAAAAAUUUAAAUGAUGUCAAACGUGCUAUUGACUUGAUUAUUAUUCAGGGCGAAGGAUCUCCCGAGAAAAGCGAAAAUUCUUCCGGCGAAAGUAAUAAAGACGAAAAACAAAAAUCGCAUUAUCAAAUAUUCAAAGAAUGUUUGAAAUUGAUCGAUGAACAAAAAUCUGAUUAUCAUCUCUGGCCUGUUAUGGAGGAUCCACUGUCGACAUCAUAUACCGAUCCAAACAUCCUCGCCGCUGUCACAGCAUUUAAUGCUGCUUAUUCUUAUCUUUUGUUAUUGUUACAAACUGUUUGGAGAACUGAUGGUCAGAAGAAAAAGAAUUUGAUAAUGGGAGGAAUGCCAGCAUUAAUGCAUGGUGUUUUAAAGCCUAUUGCGACAUUUCUUGCUGAAACUCCCAUUUCCGCUGAUACACAUGCGGGCGCUACUUUCGAAUAUUACGAAUUCACUCAUGAGCCCAGUCCAAAACAGCAACUACUUACAGCUAUCCAAGCGGCUUCUAAAGUCUUUCCGUAUAAUGACGCGUUGAAGGAUUCGGUAAAAGCGGUUUCAUCAUUGCCGGAUAUUUUUUUGCCGAUUUUUAACCAGACUUAA